AUGUCGGCGAAGCCCACGAGCAAGACUUUCGGAAAGUCGACCCGGGAGGUUCCUGCCUCUGCGGAGAAGGCAAAGAAGUGGUACCCCGCUGACGACGAUGCCGAGAGCAAGAAGGUCCGCAAGGCUGUCCGAUCUUGGACUCCUCGCAAGUCCCUCCAGCCCGGUACUGUUCUCAUCCUCCUCGCCGGCCGCUUCCGUGGCAAGCGCGUCGUCCUCCUGAAGUCCCUCGACCAGGGUGUCCUCCUCGUCACCGGCCCCUUCAAGAUCAACGGUGUCCCUCUGCGACGAGUCAACUCCCGAUACGUCAUCGCCACCUCUUACAAGGUCGACAUCUCCGGCCUCGACGAGAAGAAGAUUGAGGAGAUCUCUCAGCCCAAGUACUUCACCGCCGAGAAGGCCAAGGAGAAGGCUGGUGAGGAGGCUUUCUUCAAGCAGGGAGAGAAGCCCCAGAAGAAGGAGAUCAACAGCAGCCGCGCCGCCGACCAAAAGGCCAUCGACAAGGCUCUGCUUGCCAACAUCAAGAAGGUCGAUAUGCUGGCCUCUUACCUCUCCAGCUCUUUCAGCUUGAGGAAGGGUGACAAGCCCCACGAGAUGGCCUGGUAA